AUGUCGAUAUCAGCUUCAUCCACAUCCACCGCCAUGCUGCCAACGGUCAUCGCCGUGUCGAUCGCCUCGCUCACCGUCGGCUACUUUGUCGGCAUGGGCCGCUCUCUCGUCUCGUACAACUCCAACUCGCGGCGCAUCCUCUCUGCCUCCGACGACGACGACUCGGACCUCGAUACGGACGACGAGAUGGCCGCGAUCGCCGACAACUACUCUUCCUCUGGUAAGGGUCUCGAGGGAGAGGAGUGCAAGAUGAUCCUCGCGGUGCGCAUGGACAUCAAGAUGGAGAAGGGCAAGAUCGCGGCCCAAUGCGGACACGCCGCAUUGGCUGCCUACAAGGCGGCACGCAAGGUGACACCCAAAUUCAUCAAGCAGUGGGAGAAGAGGGGACAGGCCAAAGUGGCGGUCAAGUGCCCGGAUGAGGACACCAUGUUGGAGCUGGAGAGCAAGGCAAAGGAACUGGGGAUCGCUGCGAGGAGCAUCAUCGAUGCGGGCAGGACACAGAUCGCGCCGAAUACGAGGACUGUGUUGGGAUUGGGACCUGCACCCGUCUCGUUGAUGAACCAGUUGACGGGGCAUCUCAAGCUGCUUUGA